AUGCAGGCACGGCGACGGCCACGUGACGCCCCCUUCGUCGCGCCAGGAAGUAAGGCUGCGACUGGGGACGACGGCAUUAUGGGCGUGCAUGCUGCGAUGACCGUGGAGGGUCCUUCCACUGACGCAACAGAAACACAAGUGACAGGCAGUGAUGAGGUGGAGUUGGCGUACGGUAGUGACUUUUAUCUCCAGGAUGAGUAUUUGCAGCGGCUGCGUCAGCGGCGUCAUCGUCCAGAGGCUCUAGUGGAGGAGAGCGACGAUGAAGAGGGUGAUGGCAAAGGGGUCACCUCCAAAGGGGCACAGUUGCAGGAGGCGGAUCUCGCGGUGAACACGAGGCAUCAGCCGCUCUUUUUUUGUCUUGGGAAGGACUUUCCGCCGGUGAUGCCCGCGGCAACGCCUGACGGGGGUGGCGAGGCAGCGGCGGCGGACGGCGUCCUGAGCGCCCUCUCCGCGCAGGAAGGCAAGUCGCAGAUUAUAUUGCCCGUUGUGAGUACCACGUGUCAGCUGGCGCAGAGUGCCACAAAAGGCAGUGCGGCGCUGACAUUGCUGCGGCGGCAGCAGGAGGUGGAGCGCGCCACACGGGAGGCGACGGACACAAGCCGGUCCGACCUUGCGCGCCUUCUGCAGAAGGGCGAGCUGGGGCAGCAGCAACCGGGUGCCGUCGGCUGCUCGCCAAGGGAGGGGGCUGCGGAGGAGCUGACCGAAGAUGAGACGGAGAUGUUGCGGCGAAAGGUGCGCAAAGAGACGGCGAGGCUUGAGCGCAUGAUGGAAGCCCCCUCCUUCAACACAGCGGUUGCGGCUGCCAGAGACAUGGAUGAGGAUGAAAAGGAGGAGCGCUCUCGUCGGCAUGAAAUGGUGCUGCGAAAGCGGCAAGAGAAGUUAGAGCGUGUGCAGGAGGCCAGGGAACGUUUGGCGGAGGAAAGCAGUCACAUCGAGGAUUAUGGCGCUAGGCGGGUGGCGCUGAUGGCCAUGCAACGCCAGUUGCCCAUUUAUCUCUGUAAGGAGGAGCUGCUUCGCUGCAUUGGCGAGAACCCUGUCUCGAUCGUCAUUGGUGAGACGGGUAGUGGGAAGACGACGCAACUUGUACAGUACUUGCACAAACGUGGGUACACCAGGGGUGGCAGGAUUAUCGGUUGUACGCAGCCCAGACGCCUUGCUGCCAUUGGGGUGGCACGCCGUGUGAGCGAGGAGAUGGGCUGCGCCUUGGGCACACGCGUUGGGUACGCCAUUCAUCUUGACGACAACACGACCGAGGAGACGGAGGUAAAGUUUAUGACCGACGGUGUGCUGCUCCGCGAGGUGGUGCGCGACCCUGACGUUGGAAGGUACAGUGUCAUUGUGCUGGAUGAGGCGCAUGAGCGGUCGGUUAACACAGACGUUCUGCUCGGUGUGUUGCAGGCCGCCGUGCGUCGCCGCUCAGACCUCAAACUUGUUGUCACCUCCGCCACGAUGGACAUUCUGAAGUUCUCAAAGUUUUUCGGGAAUGCCCCGUUCUACGAGAUUCCUGGCCAGACCUAUGAUGUCGGCAUUCAAUACGCCGCGGCCCCAGUAGAAGACUACGUGACGGAGGCGGUCUUCCGCGUCUGUCAACUGCACAUACAGAUGCCGCUGGAGGGAAAGCACGACAUUCUUGUCUUUAUGACCGGCCGCGAUGAUGUGAUGGGGACUUGUGAAUUAAUCCGACGACGUUUGAGCGAAGUGGACCCAAAAUGGCUUGAGACGCUGUUGGUGCUGCCGUGCCUCUCGGAGGCGGUGAGCGUGACGGCGAGUGGCGUUCUUGACGCCGCCCCGCCAGGAAUACGCAAGUGCGUUGUGGCCACCAACGUGGCUGAGACCUCACUGACCAUAGACGGUAUCCGCUACGUUAUUGACUGUGGGUUUAUGAAGACAAAUGUGUUUCGGCCGAAACUGGGGAUGAACACACUCCAGCGGUACCCCGUCUCUCAGGCGCAGGCGAAUCAACGCAAGGGUCGUGCUGGGCGCACAACGGAGGGGUUGUGCUUUCGUCUAUACACCGAGGCCCAGUUUUCGGAGGAGAUGCUCCCCAGCAGUGUACCGGAAAUACAGCGCAGCAGCAUUGACACUGUGGUGUUGUUGCUAAAAAGCAUUGGGGUCUCGCGUCUUGUGGACUUUGACUUUAUGGACCCUCCACCAGCAGCAAACAUCUGCCGCAGCAUGUGGCAGUUGUGGGUGCUGGGGCUCCUUGACGACAGUGGCGCCAUCACGGCCGAGGGAAGACAGGUCUUGGAGUUUCCGCUCGCGCCGACGCUCGCGAAGGUACUUGUGGAGAGUGCAGCACAAGGUUGUGGCGUUGAGGCGGUGCGCAUUGUGGCGAUGAUCUCGGCGGACCCCAAGGAACUGUUUGAGUUACCGAAGGACCGUGAGGAAGUGGCGCGCCAGCACCACGGCCGCUUUUAUGUCAACGAAUCGGAUCACCUGACAUUGCUUAACGUCAUCACGCACUUCCUCGAAAGCGGCAACUCCCGUCAGUGGGCGAAGGAUCACUUUCUACAUGUCCCCACACUUUUGCGUGCCUGUGAGACGCAGCGGCAGUUGCUGGAGCGAAUGCGGCAGCUUAAGCUUCCCGUCGUCUCCUGUGGCCCCAAGGGUCUGGACCGUGUGCGGCAGUGUAUAACGAAUGGAUUCUGCCUGCAGUCCGCACAACGUUCAAGCACUAACUGGAACGAGUACCGUCCGCUGCUUAACUCUGGCGUCGUGUGUUGCGUUCAUCCGUCCUCGGCGGUGUACGUACGGGCGGAGAUGCCACUUUACGUCAUCUACCACGAUCUGCUCCUUACCACGCGCGAGUAUCUCGUGGUGGUGACGGCAGUAGAGCGGGAGUGGCUUCUUGAAGCAUCACAUGGGGUGUUCUACAGCAAAAGUCUGACAAACAACUCACAUAAACCAUUGACUGCACCCGCCGUGUCCGAACUGCCGCAUACAACGGCCUCCUCAGGAGGCAGGACCACACAAGUGGAAGGAUUGCGACAGUUGACACCUGGCAGCCUCCACCCGAAGAAGGCGCUGCCUCCUUUGCGGCGACGGCAUAAUGUGUGA